GGUGUUUGGCAAGUUAAUCUAUUUACAUGUUAGUGAAUUGCGAAAAAUGAUUUUUUAUACGUUUUUAUUAUUUAUUACUACAUUAAACCUUUGCAAAUGUGAUCAAUUUGAUCUAAAAGUAUUAACUGUAACUGGGAAGUAUACUGAUGAAACUGAGUAUACUGUAAAUGCUACAUCAGAGUUAGUGAUACUGUUUCCACCAGUUAGUACAACAAAUCCAUUUAGAAUAAUAACGAGCUCCCUAGGAGCCAAAAAGGUGGCUCCGGUCUUGGUAGUCGUUAGACAAGCAAAACAAGUCUCGUCAUGGCAACUUCCAACUUUAGUGCAAAGUACCAUGAGGCAUUCGGAACUUUCCUUCUACACCGCUUCGAAAAUUAUGUGCCAUGACGAUAUGGCUUCUAUAGUCAAUCCAUCAGAUUUUAGACCAGGGCCUCUAAAAACCAGCCAGAGUUUCAUAGUGGCGUUAUCAACUUCAUCAAGUAGAAACGUCGGGGUUGUUUUAAAGGUAGCAGAAGAAAAAAACUUCUAUGUGGAACUCAACAAAACGUAUUCAUUGGAUGUAUCGCCCAGCGAACCAAAAUACGUUUAUUUCAGUUCGAAAAACAGUUCCACUGACACAGUGAUCAUUAAAAUUGACUCUCCAGAUAAUAUAUGCCUGACUGUAUCAGUACAAAAUAGUACAUGUCCAGUUUUGGAUUCCAAUAAGGAUAUAACGUAUGAGGGUUUUUUUGAAACCGUUACCACUCAAGGAGCCAUCACUAUAAAUAAAAAAGCCUUUAAAUAUGGAUUCUUUUUGGUAUUUGUGGCCAAACCAGACAACUAUGACUGUGGACAAAAAAAAUCGAUAAUUCCAGUUCCAGGAAAAACAUUUAAAAUCGCCUUUUCCAAUAGAACGUCCGUCGUAACUUUCUCCAUAAACGAUAACAUGAACUACAAGGAUUAUUUGAUUGUUUCGAGCCUGACUUUGCUGAUUUUUAUUUUGAUGGGCAUCGUCCUGUUUAUAAUGACUGGUGUAUUUUUCAAAUGGGGCGCUUUGUCGAAAAUCAAUUUGAAUACUAUCGAUGAUCAACUAAUGGAUUCAAACCCUAUGUCUAUGGUUCAAGUUAAUAAGUUAUUAGGUGAUAGAGAUGUUAGACUUACGAACUUGGCAAUGAAUCCACUUAAGGAUACGAAGAAAUCCUUUAAUUAUCUAUGGCAUAUUUGUAGCAUAGCCUUAUUCUAUAGUAUUCCAGUGGUACAACUUGUUGUAACCUAUCAAAGGGUAGUAAAUCAAACUGGAAACCAAGAUUUAUGUUACUAUAAUUUUAUGUGUGCUCACCCACUUUCUGGAAUAAGCGAUUUGAACCACAUUUUUUCAAACGUUGGAUAUGUACUAACGGGACUGAUGUUUAUUUUUAUAACUCUCCAUAGACAAGCCAGGGUACCUUUAAGAUUUGAAAUUGGAAUACCUGUGCAUUAUGGACUAUAUUAUGCCAUGGGUGUAGCCUUAAUUAUAGAAGGUUUGCUUUCGGCGUCCUACCAUGUUUGUCCGACACAAUCAAACUAUCAAUUUGAUACUAGUUUUAUGUAUGUUAUGGCAGUUCUUUGUAUGGUGAAAUUAUAUCACAACCGCCAUCCUGAUAUUAAUGCCUCCGCCUAUGCUACCUUUUCUUUGCUAGGCCUUGCCAUAUUCUUCGCUAUGGUUGGAAUUUUAAAUGGGACACUCACCAUAUGGAUUAUUUUCGUUAUAACAUAUGGAUGUAUUUGUCUCUAUCUAUCAUUCAAAGUUUACUUUUUCUCCUACAUUUUGGAGGGUGUAAAAAAAUUCAGAACUGAUAUUACCGAACUGGGUUAUACAGUUGAUACAUUAAUACCAAUCAAAAGGGGAUUAUUUAUUUUGCUAUUUAUUGUCAACGUGGUAAACUUCGGGAUGUUGAUCAGUGGAAUUUUGCUCUACAAUUCGCCAUCUUUGGAUUUUGGAACUUUUCUGCUGGGCUUGUUGAUGGCCAAUUCUAUUUUACACUGCUUCUUUUACACUGCCAUGAAGAUAAUUCACAAGGAACGUAUUUGUCUUGAAGCAACAAUCUACGGAGUACUAGCAAUAGCGUUUUGGUGUAGUGCUUCGAUAUACUUCUUUGACGCUGCCACCUUGUGGACUGUCACUCCAGCAGAGUCUCGAGUCAAAAAUCAGGAGUGCAUAGUAGCAGAUUUCUAUGACAGGCAUGAUGUCUGGCAUUUACUCAGCGCUCCAGCUCUAUUUUUUACCUUCAUGCUUUUGCAAUGCCUUGAUGACGAUCUUAUUAAUGUCCAUCAUAGAGAAAUUGAAGUUUUUUAAACUUUAAAAAUAUUAAACAAGUAUUAGAAAUAUUUCCCAACACCAAAACAAAUCACAAAGUGCUUAAAGUACUUUUCGUCAACGAUGUUAGCCUCGUCAGAACCAUAUUUAUACUAAUUAUAAGCUAAGGCAACACUCGAUUUCUCUGUCCUACCAAAUCUAGCAUGGGCCAAGUGGCUUUAAAUUCUUAUUAUUUAUAUAUUAUACUCUCUUAAAAUGAAUAAGUCAAAAAUAACUAAUAAUUAUUAUAAGUCAUAUUUGACUAAUUGUCAUAGCGUAAAAGCAGUCACUAAUAAUUAGUCAAAUUCUACUGAAUGAAAUAAACUGC